ACUUUCUGUGACGUCAUGAAGCCCGGCCUCUGGUUGCUCGCUGCCCACGUCAAUCGCGGGGCGCGUGUCUUGCUGGGACACAGUGGAGGUCUAGCCUUUGGUUUACGGAGCGGUCGGGUGUGUUCUCCGUACAUCCCAAGCCCUCGAGGUACCCGCCGCCCGACCCAAAAGUGGAGCCGACCAGCGCCUCUCGUGGCACCUUCCAGCACCGGAUCGCUCCUCUCUGGGGCGGGACGCGGCCCCACGACUCAGGUCACUAUGAGUGAAACAUCUUUCAACCUAAUAUCAGAAAAAUGUGACAUUCUAUCAAUUCUUCGGGAUCAUCCUGAAAACAGAAUUUACCAGAGGAAAAUCCAGGAACUCAGCAAAAGAUUCUCCACAAUCCGCAAGACCAAAGGGGAUGGCAACUGCUUCUACCGGGCCUUGGGCUAUUCCUACCUGGAGGCGCUGCUGGGCAAGAGCAGGGAGAUCCUCAAGUUCAAAGAGCACGUGCUGCAGACCCCAAAUGACCUUCUGGCUGCUGGCUUUGAGGAGCACAACUUCCAGAACUUCUUUAAUGCUUUUUACAGUGUGGUGGAACUGGUAGAGAAGGACGGCUCAGUGUCCAGCCUGCUCAAAGUGUUCAACGACCAGAGCUUCUCUGACCGCAUCGUGCAGUUCUUGCGCCUGCUCACAUCAGCCUUCAUCAGGAACCGCGCUGACUUCUUCCGACACUUCGUCGAUGAGGAGAUGGAUAUCAAGGAUUUCUGCACUCAUGAAGUGGAGCCCAUGGCCAUGGAGUGUGACCACAUCCAGAUCACAGCCCUGUCCCAGGCGCUGAACAUCGCCCUGCAGGUGGAGUACGUGGACGAGAUGGAUACCGCCUUGAACCACCAUGUGUUCCCUGAGGCUGCCAUCCCUUCCGUUUACCUGCUCUAUAAAACAUCCCACUACAACAUCCUCUAUGCAGCUGAUAAACACUGAUUCACUUUAGGCCAUGCAGUGGAACCUAUCACCUAACGGAACUGCAUUCUAAAUGGAACAUUCCAGCUUUUCUAUUUUUUAAGUGAUUUAGGUUAUAACUAGAAAAUGUACAGCUUUUUGGGCAAAGCCACUGGAAACAAGCCUUGCCCUUUCCGGACUUUGGUAACUUGGUGGUAUUUUUUAGUAUUUAUUUUGAUGGAGGGUCAAAUGCCUUCUAAUUUUGGGCCAGGAAGCCCGGUCCCCCUGGCUGUGCACCCCAGUUCCUUCACCUAUCCUCACUGGACCUGUUUCCUCAUCUGGAGGAGGAUCCUAUUAUAUGGAAAUGGGGAUCUCUGGUUUCUCCUCACCAGGGGCACUGCCCCUCCUCUGCAGGGGUAAGAAAGCUCAAGGCCAGCUGUCUGGAUGAGUGACAGCCCUGUGAAGACGUCCAGCCCAGUCCGAUGUGGCACUGGUCUUUGGUUGGUGUCUCCAUUCACGAUGAGGGCGUCUUCCCACCCCUCGCUUGAGACUUUUAUGCCAAAGUCCAGAGAAGGACCUUAGCCUUCAGCAUGAAGAAAGCUCAGGUUGCUGGGGACCCCUCUACCUCUCAGGGCCAGAAGAGCCUGACUUUAGGGCUCUGCUGCCUGCUGUCAGCCCCACCUGGAUAAAAGUUUGCAGAGACCAGAGCCUAUACCAUGUGCUCCUGUCCUGCCCCCACAGAGCAGAGGCGUGGUCUAGGCACUGGGCUGGAGAGAGGCCUGUGAGAGGUCUGUGCAGCGGUGGCUGUCUCAGAUUUUUCCUUCCUGUCCUGCUACUCUUUGUGGCCUGGCAAGGGUAUAGGGGACAAAGAGCAGAGACAAGCCGUGGAAAUUGGCAGUGGGUGAGAUUUCCAUCGGUGACAACUGCCUGGCCACGCUUCCUCAUUCAUCCACCUGCACAGGUCCCUUCUCUGGCCUUGCCUAUGCAGGUUGGCAUCCAAGAUGGCCUUGACGGGGAACCAGACACGGCCUGGGCUGAAGUGCUUCCAGCCACCUCUUUCCUCCACAGGAGCGCAGGGAGAAUGCCAGGUGUGGACGUCCUUGGGGUCCCUUCUGUAACCAAAGGCCACCUUCUCACCAGUUUCGUUCUGCAGGGAUUUCUGAAUCUGUUGGUGCUGUGAUGUAAGUCUGCACCGAAGUGGGUAGCAGACUCCAGGUCUUACUGACACAAAUCUACCUUGGUGAAAGCCAAUAGCACUGUCAGGGUGGUUCACUUCUAGGCAGGCACCCUGGUUCCCACACUGCCCUCAGCUGGCAUUUGGGUCUGAGGGCACACAUUUUUCUACAGGGAUGUAACCUGACCCUCACCUCAGAAUUUAUUCAUUGUCCCAUCCUGCUCGGGGCAGGAAGGUUGAGGUCUGGACACGUCUCCAGGGCACCCACUUCCAAAGAGAAGAGCAUGAGCACACAGGGCACUGACCGAUGCCCUCCCUGGGCCCUCUGAGGCAGCAAGGUGGGUCCUGCGCCCUGCAGCAGGGCUCUGAGACUGGGCGCCCUCCUCUGCGUCUGUAACUGUGGUUCUCUGGCGGAGCUACAGGAGGUGCUAUCUCGGCAGCACACCCACACAGGACCACCUCCCAGGAGAGGUGGGUCCAGAAAGGCCCUGCCAUGUUCCUUCAUCCUCAUGCCCGCUGCUUUUCUCCUUUUUGCACAAAACUGCUGACCAAAUCCAAGUCCUGCCUUUAUUCCAUGUGUGCCUUCAGACCGUCUCUGAGGGGAGGCAGUGUGGAGGAAGAGUGGCAGGACGGAGGAGCUUGCUGAAUAAAACCAGGCAUGGUGCAGUUCCGUGUCCAGCGGCCCGCCAUGCUGGUGCCGCCACUUCCUGGGUAACUGCCCACACGCCACAACCCAACUCUUUGCAGACCAAAGGCUCUAAGGGCUUGUCUUUACAACUGCCUGUAUAUUACUUUCUUUCCAAAGGAAACAAGCCCUGGAAAAUAUUGAGCAACAGGAAGAGCAGUGUCCUUUCUUUGGCCUGGGUUCCGUUUUUAAGCACAACAAACGGACUCUGGAGUCAAACAUCCAGGCUCAAAUCUCAACUUUGCCAUUAGCUGUGUGACCCUGGCUAAGUUACUUUGCCUCUCGGAGCUUCAAUCACCACGUGUGGAACAGAGACACGCUAAGGCUCAUUGCUUCAAAUGGAGUGAGACUGUGGUGAAGACAACCGUUAACACCCGACAGUUUGUAAGUGCUCUGCACACGGAAUGCCCCCCAACCCACCAUUCCUGAUGGGCAGCAGUGCCACCUCGGUACUGUGGCCCAAAUGUGGGAUCACCAGGGGAUUUCCUUUAUGGGGGUGGUGGCAGAGUCAGACACAUCACCACCCUGAGCAGAAACAGGGCAGGGGCUGUGGUUCAGUGGGCAUUUGCUGCCCUGAGCAGUAGAUGAGGUUUCCUGGCAUUAAAAUGGUUUCCAUGA